AUGCACAGGCCUGCCAUGUCGGUGUUGGGCGACCCUACAAUAGUCCAGUGUCAUCAUGGGCGCAAACCCCCAGAUCACGCUAUAUCGCAACCCUCACCUCCGCGCUCACUCCGAAGAGCGAUUUCCAUCCCAGCUGUCUCGUCGCUCGUGAAAGACUCGUGGAAUUGGGCCGGUGAUACGCUGCACACCUACCGCGACGGCCUUUCCAAGGAACAACGGAAACAAAGGGCCGAGAUCGACGAUCGGAAAGAAGUGCUAUAUUUGCGCAUAAAGAAUGCCGUGUCGUACGAGGAAUGGCGAGAUUGUGCCAGUGAACUGGACGAAUUAGAAGGCAAUAACGCCUGGAAGCAGACAUUUGAAUGCUCGGAAUAUGAUCCACACUUGGUACAUGGUCGCUUGCGACAGCUGGAAGAGGCUCGCAUCAGUUGUGAUGUGAGUCGCAUGCUGUUCUUGGUGCGCACGGCGCUAAGCCGUGACCUGGCGCGCAUGAGCGAUGCUUCGCUCUAUCGUCAUUCAUACAUCGGCACCAAAGACUUGAUCGAUCGAUAUAUCACCACGGCUGUGGAGACCAUCACCACGCUAGUGGAUCUGUCGGUACAUGACCGUUGCGAUGGACUAGAGCUGAAGUAUAUUUUGGACCAGCUGCUGGCAGCUCGACAGGCCUUUGGCCGCAGCGCGCUUCUCUUCUCUGGGGGAGCCACCUUUGGGAUGACCCAUAUCGGGGUUCUCAAGGCUCUUUAUGAAGCGAACAUGAUCCCUCGGAUCAUCUCAGGAGCCUCUGCUGGUAGUAUUGUUUGCGCAGUCUUUUGCACACGAACAGAUGAAGAGCUGCCUGGCCUUUUGGACACAUAUGUACACGGUGACUUCUCUGUCUUCAAUAAGAAGGGACAGGAGGAAAACAUAUGGCAAAAGAUGACUCGGUUCCUGAAGUUUGGAUCAUUCCUUGACAUCUCCCAUUUGGCGAACACGAUCAGGGACUGGUUGGGCGAUAUGACUUUCCAAGAGGCAUAUAACCGCACUCGUAGAAUCCUGAACAUCUGUGUGUCGAGUGCAGGAAUGUAUGAGCUUCCGCGGUUGUUGAAUUACAUCUCCGCACCGAAUGUCCUCAUCUGGUCUGCAGUGGCGGUAUCAUGUUCCGUUCCAUUCGUUUUCAGGCCGUACACAUUGAUGGCGAAGGAUCCACUAACAGGGGAACCAGUCCCAUGGAAUGAUCUCCACAAACAGUAUAUCGAUGGUUCUGUUGAUGGCGAUCUACCCAUGACACGUUUGUCAGAGAUGUUCAACGUCAAUCAUUUUAUUGUCUCCCAGGUGAACCCUCAUGUGGUCCCAUUCCUUCCGAAAGAAGUAGGACCACAGGAGGGCAUGGACGAACGUUCAUCCUUCUUUCCUCGAUGGAUGAACACAGUGACACACCUCGCGAAAGACGAGGUGCUGCAUAGGAUGAACGUGCUCUCCGAGCUUGGAGUCUUCCCCACUUCAAUGAUCAAAUUUUCUUCUAUCGUGAACCAGAAGUAUCACGGAGAUAUCAACAUAUACCCGGAGCUUAUUUCUUCCAACUUCCCGCGACUCCUGGAGAACCCAACAAAGGAGUUCAUGAUCUCAGCAUGCUUGAGCGGCGAGCGGGCGACAUGGCCGAGACUAAGCCGAAUCCGAAACCACUGUGCUAUUGAGUUGGCACUCGAUAGUGCCAUUCAGAAGAUGCGAGCCCGGGUGGCCUUCAGCCCGAGCCAGGUCGAUUUACGCAUGCCAAGUUUCAGCCGUCACUCACUCGACUCCGCAGAAAGCAGCGGCAAGGGACGUUAUCGCGAUAGGCGCAGAGGAUCCCACAGCCCCGAGUUAGAAAAGCGACACUCUGGCGGGCACCGGCAGCAACCAACCCAGGAACUGCGAAAGGCACGAAGCACCGUCUCUCUAGAACACCCGCCUCUUUCGCAAUUAAGCGAGUCAAUCCUUGUAUCAACCCAACCAAGGAAACACCGCCGCACAGCCUCAGUUUCAUUCGCGAAUGGCGCGAUAUUCGGAAUUGGAUCAAGCAGCGACGACGAAUUGGAACGGUCAUACACCCUUCGUCCUAAACUCGCAGGUCACCGAACUCACUCAGAAUCGCUCUCAUUCGGCGGACCACCUGCAAGUCCCGGACUCCGCAGCCCGGUCAGCUCCCGUCGAUCCUCAUUUUCUUCUGGAGCUUGCAACACAUCCCCCACUUCGGCACGUCGUAACUCCCUCAAGCAGCCUCGUGCACCUUCGGCUCACGAUCUCUCCAUGUCCGUACCACCUCCAUCCCACCAUCUUCUCAGCAUGACUCCAACGCCGACGGUCCAUCCGAGCUCGCCUGAGGUCCUGACACGGAAGCAGCAGCACUAA